CAACGGCACCCCAGUUCGGAGCGGAUAGGGAGGGGAGAAAAAAAGUCGCUUUGGGCCUUUCCCCUAGUUUAAAACUUUAUUCUGUUGGGAAACUGUUAGAAAAAGACUUCUACGGACGCUUCAUCGCUCGAAGAGCCGUCGACGGGACAGCAGUGAGGCGCUCAGGUUCGGUUACACAAUGAGGAAACGGCUCCGAAUCACGCCCGCCACAUAGACGCGAGCCCUCGCUCCACCAUCACCAGUUUACACACACACGCACUCUGCUAAAGGUUUUGGACGUGUUCAACCCCCACCUUCGACUGGACAGUCUGUAACACAUUGGUUAUCUUCAGGUGUGGAGUGGGUGGCAGAGAGGAGCCGCAAUCAUGGUUGCCUUGUCUUUAAAAAUUGGUGUAGGGAAUGUGGUGAAAACAAUGCAGUUUGAACCAUCCACGAUGGUCUAUGAUGCCUGCCGCAUCAUCAGGGAAAGAGUUCCUGAGGCACAGCUUGGCCAGCCCAAUGACUACGGGCUUUUUCUGUCUGACGAAGACCCAAAAAAAGGUAUCUGGCUGGAGGCUGGAAAGGCCCUGGACUACUAUAUGUUAAGGAAUGGGGACACCUUGGAAUACAAGAAGAAGCAGAGGCCUCUGAAAAUCCGCAUGUUAGAUGGCACAGUGAAGACUGUCAUGAUAGACGACUCCAAGAUUGUCAGUGACAUGCUCAUGACCAUCUGUACUAGAAUAGGUAUAACAAAUUAUGAUGAGUACUCACUGGUGCGAGACAUUGGUGAGGAAAAGAAAGAAGAAACCACAGGAACACUGAAAAGAGACAAGACUCUCCUAAGAGAUGACAAGAAGAUGGAGAAGUUGAAGCAGAAACUCCACACAGACGAUGAGUUGAACUGGUUGGACCAUGGGAGGACACUGAGGGAGCAGGGUGUGGAAGAGACAGAGAUGUUGCUGUUGAGAAGAAAGUUUUUCUACUCAGACCAGAAUGUGGACUCCAGAGACCCUGUCCAGCUUAAUCUGCUUUAUGUGCAGGCUCGUGAUGACAUCCUGAAUGGAUCACAUCCAGUUUCAUUUGACAAGGCCUGUGAGUUUGCUGGCUAUCAGUGCCAGAUUCAGUUUGGUGAUCACAAUGAGUCCAAACACAAGCCUGGAUUCUUAGAUUUAAAGGAGUUCCUGCCUAAGGAAUACAUAAAAAAUAAAGGGGAGAAAAAAAUUUUCCAGGCACAUAAAAACUGUCAGAACAUGACGGAGAUUGAGGCCAAAGUCAGUUAUGUGAAGCUGGCCAGGUCUUUGCAAACCUACGGCGUCUCGUUCUUCCUGGUCAAAGAAAAAAUGAAAGGCAAAAACAAACUGGUGCCUCGUCUGCUGGGAAUCACCAAAGAGAGCGUAAUGAGAGUAGACGAGAAGACCAAGGAGGUCAUCCAGGAGUGGAGUCUGACAAACAUCAAACGCUGGGCUGCAUCACCCAAGAGCUUCACUCUGGACUUUGGAGACUAUCAGGAUGGGUACUACUCUGUGCAAACCACUGAGGGAGAGCAGAUUGCACAGCUUAUUGCCGGUUACAUCGAUAUCAUCCUCAAAAAGAAAAAAAGUAAGGACCACUUUGGCUUUGAUGGAGAUGAUGAAUCACCCAUGGAGGAGGACUCUGUGUCUCCCAAAAAGUCGACUGUAAUGCAGCAGCAGUUCAACAGGAUGGGCAAGGCAGAGACAGGCUGUGUUGCCCUGCCAGCCAUUAUGCGCUCAGGAGCUGGAGGUCCAGAGAGUUUCCAGAAGGGUUCCAUGCCCCAGGCCAAACAGCACAUUACCAGUGGGCAGAUGCACAGGGGACACAUGCCUCCUCUGACAUCAGCACAGCAAGCCCUGACUGGAACCAUCAACUCCAGCAUGCAGGCCGUCCAGGCGGCCCAGGCCUCUCUGGAUGAUUUUGAUACACUGCCCCCAUUAGGAUCAGAUGAAGCAUCCAAAGCCUGGCGCAAAAACAAGAUGGAUGAGUCCAAACAUGAGAUCCAUUCCCAGGUGGAUGCCAUCACAGCAGGCACAGCAUCCAUGGUCAACCUCACUGCAGGUGAUCCAGCUGAGACGGACUAUACAGCGGUUGGCUGUGCAGUCACCACAAUCUCAUCCAACCUGACUGAGAUGUCAAAGGGUGUGAAACGCCUGGCAGCCCUGAUGGAGGAUGAAGGUGGAAACGGGCAGCAGUUGCUGGGUGCUGCCAAGAAUCUGGCCAGUGCUGUUUCUGACAUGCUGAAGACAGCUCAGCCGGCAAAUACAGAGCCUCGUCAGAACUUGUUGCAAGCAGCAGGAAAUGUCGGUCAGGCUAGUGGAGAACUCCUGUCUCACAUUGGAGAGACAGACACUGAUCCACAGUUCCAGGAUAUGUUGAUGCAGCUGGCAAAAGCUGUGGCUAAUGCUGCAGCGGCUCUGGUGCUCAAAGCUAAGAAUGUGGCCCAGAAGACUGAGGACUCGGCCCAGCAGAACCGGGUUAUUGCAGCAGCUACACAAUGUGCUCUCUCCACAUCUCAGCUGGUCGCCUGCACCAGGGUGGUGGCUCCAACCAUUAGCUCCCCAGUGUGCCAGGAGCAGCUGAUAGAAGCAGGCAAGCUGGUGGCCAAGUCAGUAGAAGGAUGUAUGGAGGCCUCCCAGAUGGCCACCAAUGAAGAGGGUCUUCUGAAACAAGUUGGCCAGGCAGCCACAGGGGUCACUCAGGCCCUCAAUGAGCUGCUGCAGCACAUCAAGCAGUAUGCCAGCGGAGGCCAUCCUAUUGGACGGCACGGAGAGGCCACCGAUUGCAUCCUGGAUGUUACUGAGAAGAUCUUUAAUGCAAUGGGAAAUGCAGGUGAGAUGGUUCGCCAGGCUCGUAUUCUUGCCCAGGCCACGUCUGAUCUUGUCAAUGCCAUCAAGAUGGAUGCAGAAGGAGAGUCUGACCUGGAAAACUCCCGCAAGCUUCUCUCUGCAGCCAAACUUCUGGCUGAUGCCACUGCUAAAAUGGUGGAGGCUGCUAAGGGUGCAGCUGCCAAUCCUGACAGUGAGGAACAGCAGCAGAAACUGCGUGAAGCUGCAGAAGGCCUGCGGAUGGCCACCAACGCUGCCGCCCAGAAUGCUAUCAAGAAGCGGCUCAUCAACAAUCUGGAGAAUGCUGCAAAACAAGCCGCAGCAGCUGCCACUCAGACAAUAGCUGCAGCCCAGCAUGCUGCCUCAUCCAACAAGAAUCAGGCUGCACAGCAACAGCUUGUCCAGAGCUGCAAGGUGGUGGCAGAGCAGAUCCCUCAGCUGGUUCAAGGAGUCCGAGGCAGCCAGUCCCAGCCUGACUCCCCUAGUGCUCAGCUCGCCCUCAUUGGUGCUAGUCAGAACUUCCUCCAGCCAGGAGCUAAGAUGGUAACAGCAUGUAAAGCCACUAUUCCAACCAUCAAUGACCAGGCAUCAGCCAUGCAACUCAGCCAAUGUGCUAAGAAUCUGGCCAGCGCCCUGGCAGAACUUCGCACUGCCUCACAGAAGGCCCAGGAUGCUUGUGGUCAGCUGGAGAUAGAUAAUGCUCUGAACAUGGUGAGAGAUCUGGAGAAGAACAUCCAGGAUGCCAAGGCUUCUGCUCAAGCAGGCAAACUCAAACCGCUGCCAGGCGAGACGCUUGAAAAAUGUUCACAGGACCUGGGCACCAGCACCAAAGCCAUCACGUCAGGUAUCGCCCAACUCCUGAGUGAAGCCACUCAAGGAGAUGAAAACUACAUAGGCAUGUCAGCCAGAGAUAUAGCCCAGACUCUGAAGACCUUGGCCUCGGCAGCCAGAGGGGUCGCUGCUACCACAGAUGACCCAGCAACACGCAGCGCCGUGCUGGACUGUGCUGGUGAUGUCAUGGACAAAUCAGCCAAACUGAUUGAAGAAACUAAGGGGGUGAUCGCUAAGCCAGGAGAUGCAGAGAGCCAACAGAGGCUGGCUCAGGUGGCCAAGGCAGUGUCCCAGGCUCUGAACAGAUGUGUUAACUCCCUUCCUGGUCAGAGGGAUGUGGACAAUGCCAUCCGCACAGUGGGCGAGGCCAGCAGAUCACUUCUGGCUGAUUCUUUCCCGUCCAGUGGACGAAGUUUCCAGGAAAUUCAGGCUCAGCUGAAUGAGGUGGCCGCUGGCCUUAACCAGUCAGCCAAUGAGGUGGUCCAGGCAUCUAGAGGGACCACCCAGGACCUGGCCAGGGCUACCAGCAAGUUUGGACAAGACUUCAACACCUUCCUGGAUGCUGGUGUUGAUAUGGCUGGAACCUCCCAGUCCAAAGAGGAUCAGACACAGGUAGUGUCCAACCUGAAAACUAUCUCUAUGUCAUCAAGCAAGCUGCUGCUUGCAGCCAAGGCUCUGUCCACUGACCCCAGCUCACCCAACCUGAAGAACCAGCUAGCAGCAGCAGCUCGGGCAGUUACAGACAGCAUCAACCAGCUCAUCACCAUGUGCACUCAGCAGGCUCCAGGUCAGAAGGAGUGUGACAACGCUCUCAGAGAGCUGGAGUCAGUGAAAGGGAUGCUGGAGAACCCCACCGAGGCAGUGAAUGAACAGUCGUUCUUCGAGUGCAUUGACAGCGUCAUGGAGAAUUCUAAGGUUCUCGGUGAGUCCAUGGCAGGCAUUUCACACAAUGCCAAAAAUUCUAACCUGCCAGAGUUUGGAGACUCGGUCAGUGCUGGAUCCAAAGCAUUGUGUGGUCUUACUGAAGCAGCUGCACAGGCAGCUUAUUUGGUGGGAGUGUCAGACCCUAACAGUGUAGCAGGCCAGAAAGGUCUUGUGGAUCCCACUCAGUUUGCCCGGGCUAACCAGGCUAUCCAGAUGGCCUGCCAGAACCUGGUGGAUCCAGCCUGCACCCAGUCUCAGGUGCUUUCUGCAGCGACCAUUGUUGCCAAACACACUUCAGCCCUGUGUAACGCCUGUCGCCUGGCCUCUUCCCAAACGCCUAACCCUGUUGCCAAGAGACAGUUUGUCCAGUCAGCCAAAGAAGUGGCCAACACCACUGCCAACCUGGUGAAAUCUAUUAAGGCUUUAGAUGGAGCCUUUAAUCAGGAGAAUAGAGAGAAGUGCAAGGCUGCUACUGGCCCUCUGAUAGAAGCUGUGGACAACCUGACUGCCUUUGCCUCAAACCCAGAGUUCGCCAGCAUUCCUGCUCAUAUCAGUCCUGAGGGACAUGCAGCCAUGGAGCCCAUUUUAACAGCAGCACAGAUGAUGCUGGAGAGCUCGACGGGCCUGAUUCAGACCGCCCGGUCCCUGGCAGUCAACCCCAAAGACCCUCCUAAGUGGUCUGUGCUGGCGGGACACUCGAGGACUGUGUCUGACUCCAUUAAGAAGCUCAUCACCAACAUGAGAGAAAAGGCUCCAGGCCAGAGAGAAUGUGAUGACGCUAUAGAGGUGUUGAACGGCUGCAUCCGUGAGGUUGACCAGGCCUCUCUGGCUGCAAUAAGCCAACACCUAACACCCAGAGACGACAUCUCUAUGGAGACUCUUCAUGAACAGAUGGCUGCUUCAGUUCAUGAGAUCAGUAAUCUGAUUGAUCCUGUGGCAGUGGCGGCUCGAUCGGAGGCCUCCCAGCUGGGACACAAAGUUUCUCAGAUGGCUAGCUACUUUGAGCCCUUGAUCAUGGCUGCCAUUGGCACAGCGUCCAAGAUCCUCAGCAGCCAGCAGCAGAUGGCUGUCUUAGACCAGACCAAGACCUUGGCAGAGUCAGCGCUGCAGAUGCUCUAUACCGCCAAGGAGGCUGGAGGAAAUCCCAAGGCAGCACACAUGCAGAAUGCUUUGGAGGAUUCAGUGCAGAUGAUGAAAGAAGCAGUAGAUGACCUUGGGGCCACACUGGCUGAGGCAGCUAGUGCAGCAGGUGCUGUGGGUGGCAUGGUGGGCUCCAUCAACGACGCCAUCAAUAAAAUGGAAGACGGGCCUGCAGAUGAACCAGAUGGCACCUUCGUAGAUUACCAGACCACCAUGGUGAAGACAGCCAAGGCCAUUGCUGUUACUGUACAGGAGAUGGUGACUAAGUCCAACACCAACCCAGAUGACCUUGGAGGACUGGCCAACCAAUUGACCAAUAAUUUUGGAAAUCUCGCAAAUGAGGCCAAAUAUGCAGCACUCACUGCAGAAAAUGAUGAAAUUGGUUCUCACAUUAAGAAGCAAGUGGGAGAGCUGGGCUUCACCUGCACAGGUCUGGUUACCAAAGCUGGAGCUCUACAGUGUAGCCCCAACGACACAUUUACUAAGAAAGAACUUAUUGAAAGCGCCCGCAAAGUCUCAGAGAAGGUCUCUCAUGUUUUGGCAUCCCUUCAAGCUGGUAACCGUGGCACCCAAGCCUGUAUUACAGCUGCAAGUGCUGUUUCUGGAAUCAUUGCAGAUCUCGACACAACCAUUAUGUUUGCCACUGCUGGUACCCUUAAUAGAGAGAAUGCUGAAACGUUUGCUGACCACAGAGAAUGCAUUCUGAAGACAGCCAAAGCCCUAGUAGAGGACACCAAGCUGCUGGUGUCUGGUGCGGGAGCCAGUCAGGAGAAACUGGCUCAGGCUGCCCAGUCUUCGGUUUCCACCAUAACCAGACUGGCUGAUGUGGUCAAACUGGGAGCAGCCAGCCUGGGUUCUGAAGACCCUGAGACUCAAGUGGUAUUGAUUAAUGCAGUGAAGGAUGUGGCCAAAGCUCUGGGUAACCUAAUUAGUGCCACUAAGGCAGCUGCAGGUAAACCUCAUGAUGACCCCAGCAUGCUCCAGCUUAAGAGUUCUGCUAAGGUGAUGGUGACCAAUGUGACAUCUCUGCUUAAGACUGUCAAGGCAGUGGAGGAUGAAGCCACCAAGGGAACCAGAGCUUUAGAGGCCACUAUUGAACACAUCAAGCAGGAGCUGACUGUUUUCUGUAGUUCUGAUCCCCCACCAAAAACGACCACACCAGAGGAGUUUAUUCGUAUGACAAAAGGAAUCACCGUGGCAACAGCGAAGGCAGUGGCUGCGGGGAACUCAUGUCGCCAGGAGGACAUCAUCGCCACUGCUAACCUCAGCAGACGAGCCAUUGCUGACAUGCUGCACUCCUGCAAGGAAGCUGCCUACCACCCAGAGGUCAGCAAGGACGUCCAGAUGCGUGCUUUACGCUAUGGUAACGAAUGUGCUUCAGGAUAUUUGGGACUGCUAGAACAUGUCCUGGUGAUCAUCCAGAAGCCCACACAUGAUCUGAAGCAGCAGCUUGCCAACUUCUCCAAGCGUGUUGCUGGCAGCGUCACUGAGCUCAUCCAGGCUGCUGAGGCAAUGAAAGGCACAGAGUGGGUGGACCCCGAGGAUCCUACUGUCAUCGCAGAGAACGAGCUGCUGGGAGCUGCAGCCGCUAUCGAAGCAGCUGCCAAGAAAUUGGAGCAGCUGAGGCCAAGGACCAAACCCAAGGAGGCGGAUGAGAGCUUGAACUUUGAAGAGCAAAUUCUGGAAGCAGCCAAAUCGAUUGCAGCUGCCACAAGUGCUCUGGUUAAAGCAGCUUCAGCAGCUCAGAGGGAGCUUGUUGCUCAGGGGAAGGUGGGAGCAAUUCCAGCAAAUGCGGUGGAUGAUGGCCAGUGGUCUCAGGGCCUGAUUUCAGCUGCCCGGAUGGUUGCUGCAGCAACCAACAACCUGUGUGAAGCAGCCAACUCUGCGGUCCAGGGACACGCCAGUGAGGAGAAGCUCAUUUCUUCAGCUAAGCAGGUGGCGGCCUCUACCGCUCAGCUCCUGGUGGCCUGCAAGGUCAAGGCUGACCAGGACUCACAGACCAUGAAGAGGCUCCAGGCUGCUGGAAAUGCUGUGAAGAGGGCAUCAGACAACCUGGUGAAAGCAGCGCAGAAAGCAGCGUUUGACGCUCAGGAUGACCAGGCUGUGGUGGUCAAGAGUAAGAUGGUUGGAGGCAUUGCUCAGAUUAUUGCCGCUCAAGAAGAGAUGCUGCGGAAAGAAAGGGAACUGGAGGAGGCAAGGAAUAAGCUGGCCAUGAUCCGAAAGCAGCAGUACAAGUUCCUCCCCUCAGAGCUGAGAGAGGAUGGCCAGGACCAAUGAGAGUGUGGGGGGGAUGGUGCCAACAAACCGCAAAUCAGCUACGCAAGUCAUUGUGAAACGCUCAGGACCUAAUGAUUCAGAUCAGAUCAGUUCCAACAGCAAGUCAAACUUCUUGUCUACAGUAACAUAUCCAAAUGCUUUAACAGUAGAGCAAAAAUAUGCUAAAUAAUAUAUCAUGACAGUGAUGAUAAAUGUUUGCCUAUACUGAGACAUAUGCUUUCACGUGAUAAUUAAGUUAUGUAUGCUUCUAAUUAUAUAUGUUUAUAUUCUUUAGAAAGUGAGUCUUUUUCAUGCUUCUGUGAUCUUGAUGUGAGGCUUUAGGAAGCCAUACCAGUUCAUUCCUCUGCCCUUCUCUCUUCGACUCUGUUACAUCGCUUUGCUAAGAAAAUGGAAUAUUAUGUCAGGCUUAUCCUGCAGUGACAAUCUAUGCAAAGUUCCUAAGCAGAUUUUUAUGUUUUAUUUUUAGAUAUCUAAACUAUAUAUAUAUAUAUAUAGAUAUACUGAUGCAUUUUCUUGUGUGUGAACACACUUCCAAAGAGUCUUGAUAUGUUAGUAAUAGACGUUUCUGCCAUUUUCUGUAUUUUCUUUUUACUGUACAAAACUAUAAGAAAAAUUAAAUAUUUGAAUUUUAUAGUUUAGAACAAGACUAUUUUAAAUGGAUUAGUUAAAAAUCUGUAAUUUUAAAAGAAUAUAUGUUCAACACAUGUGAUCCUUCAGUUAGUAUUUAGACCAGGAUCUGAUUGGAGAACUUGUUGGUGUAGUGAGUAUGAAGCCAUAUAUUUAAUGUACAAAACUUUCACAUCAGUCUGAUGUGUGUUGGACUGAUACUUAUUGAUCCAUUCCACUUAAAUGUGUGCCAAACAUGUCUGCCAGAGGUGUGACACAAAUCUGGACGAAUACGCUCUUGUUCAGCUGUUUUUAGAAACAUAAAUCAUUGUUAAGAAGAGCAACAUUUGUGCUUAAAAGAUGUCCUCUCUUUUAAGAUAAGUAUAAAUGUCUGAUGCCAUUUGUUCCUAAAGUGCAAUAAUUUCAUCACUCUACUCAGUAAAAGUAGAAGUGGCUUUAUUUCCUUUGGAGUUUUUAAAACUAACCAUCCAGUGUGCCAUGCCUAGGUUUCAGCCAUUCAUCAUUCAAACUUUUUUUAUAGACUAUGAUUUGAUUUGACUUAUUGUUGGAAUGCAGGUAAAGAGUAUUUCUACCCAAUGGGCACUGUCAUACACAAUAAAGCCUAUUUUCACUGAAAUUA